GAGGGGGGGUGAGAAAAUGACUGGCCGGGAGACAGGACUUGAGUUCAGGCACUUUAAUGGACACGGAUGGGGAACCUAAUGAGUGCGAACGUGAAGGAAGCCCGCAUCUGAAACACGUUGAUGCUUCGUUAUAACAAGAAGCAGAGGCUGCUGUUCCUCACCUCUCAUGUUAAAGCUGCCGGAGAGCCUCUCUGUUCCUCGUUUUUGGCUUCAGCUGCCUCAAAGGUGAUCCGCAGACAUGGCUUUCCUGCGCCUCUCGCGCGCGCAGUGGAGGAACUGGACGCGCUGGUUGGUCUUGGUGCACCUUCUCUGCAGCGGCGCGUCGAACAAAAACGAACUUUUAAAUCGUGAUGCCGGCGGUCGUGAAGCUGGCGCGUCGGUUCUUCUUCGCUCGCUUAAUUUACCUCAGCGCACAGAAUAUGAAAUUGUAACUCCAUAUGAAGUCAAUCACCAAGGUGUGUACAUCUCACAUGAAAUCAUGCACCAUCAGCUCAGAAGACGCCGUAGAUCCCUAACUCCAGAUGCCAACUCCUCAAACACCGACAGCAGCGAAACAGUUCACUUCCGGCUCAGAGGCCUGGGUCAGGACUUCCACAUGGAGCUGAGGGCGGCGUCGGAGAGCCUGAUCGCACCUGGCUUUACUAUCCAGGUCCUGGGAAAGAAUGGCACCAAAAGCCUGAGGGCCUACCACCAAGAUGACCACUGCUUUUACCAGGGGUCACUGAGGUCAGGGGUCAACUCCUCUGUGGCUCUGUCCACAUGCUUGGGGAUGUCAGGUUUGAUUCGAACACCGGACGCAGACUUCUUCCUGAGACCAGUGUCACGGAGCCUUGCACAGAAGGAGAACUUCACCGCUCCUGACAGUCACCAACCACAUAUUCUCUACAAAAGCAUCGGAGACGCCUGGACAAAGGGAAGACAUCUUGAGCCUCGGCUGCUUCAGAAGAGAUCCACAGUUACUCACAGACGUUUCCAUUCAAACACAGAUCCCAUCUACAGAGUAGAUAACAAAGAUCAAUACAGGCAAAAACAACAAAGUAUUUAUUACCAUGACAGCAGAAACAGCUCAGACCACAUGGACCCACAAAAGCAUCAUGGGAGAGACCAUCACCACAGCGGUUACAGGCAUGGGGAAAGGCAAAGGCAACACUUCUGUGGAAGAAGGAAGAAAUAUAUGCCCAAACCUCCAGAGGAGGAUGUUUUCAUUCUUCCAGACGAGUACAAGGUUCUGCCCAGGAACAAACGGGCCUUGCUGAUGAAGAAUCAACACAGUCAGAAGCUCAAUGUGGAGACACUAGUGGUGGUGGACAGAAAGAUGAUGGACAACCACGGCCAUGAGAACAUCACCACAUAUGUCCUAACUGUUCUCAACAUGGUUUCCAGUCUGUUCAAAGAUGGUACAAUAGGAGGAAACAUCAACAUCGUCAUAGUGGGUCUUGUCCUUUUGGAUGAAGAGCAGGAUGGUUUGGUGAUCAACCACCACGCUGAUCACACGCUGAACAGCUUCUGCCGCUGGCAGUCAACUCUGGGGGGCAGAGAGGGCCGGCACCAUGACCAUGCCAUCCUCCUCACAGGACUUGACAUCUGCUCUUGGAAAAAUGAGCCCUGUGAUACCCUUGGCUUUGCACCAAUAAGUGGGAUGUGCAGCAAGUAUCGAAGCUGCACCGUUAAUGAAGACACUGGCCUGGGACUGGCAUUCACCAUUGCCCAUGAAUCUGGACACAACUUUGGAAUGGUCCAUGAUGGUGAGGGUAACGUUUGCAAAAAGUCAGAGGGCAACAUCAUGUCUCCCACAUUAGCCGGUCACAAUGGUGUCUUCUCUUGGUCUCCUUGCAGUCGUCAGUAUCUCAGCCACUUUCUCAAUGGUGUCGCAGGGGCCAGUGUGUGAAACAGGGCGAUGAGGGCCCCAGGCCUCAGCACGGUCACUGGUCCUCAUGGUCCUCGUGGUCAACCUGCUCUCGAAGCUGUGAGAGCGGAGUCACUUAUCGGGAACGACAGUGCAACAACCCCAGACCUACUAAUGGAGGCAAGUUCUGUGAUGGGUCCUCGAGGUCAUACAAGCUUUGUAACACAGAGGACUGUCCUCCCAACACGGCUGAUUACAGAGUUCAACAGUGUGCUGAAUAUAACAGCAGACAGUUCAGAGGCUGGUACUACACCUGGAGACCAUACACUAGAGUUGACGAUCAAGAUGUUUGCAAGCUUUACUGUUUUGCUGAAGGUUACGAUUUCUUCUUUGCCCUGGCUAGCAAAGUCAAAGAUGGGACACUGUGUUCCAAAGACAGCUCCAACGUUUGUAUUGAUGGACUGUGUGAGAGAGUGGGCUGCGACCGUGUUUUGGGCUCCACAGCUGUGCCUGAUGUAUGUGGUGUGUGUAAAGGAGACAAUUCCACCUGCAAGGUCUACAAAGGACAGUACAUAAAGCAGCAUUUUACUAACCAGUACUACAUGGUGGUCACCAUUCCAGCUGGAGCUCGGAGUAUCCGUGUGGUGGAACUGAAUACUUCAAGCUCCUACCUGGCUGUCAGGGACACCCAAAGACACUACUACCUCAAUGGCAUGUGGACGGUGGAUUGGCCAGGCCGACACCCAAUCGCUGGAACAAUGUUUGAAUACAAGAGACCGUAUAACAGACCAGAGAGUCUCAUAUCAACUGGUCCUACGAAUGAAACACUAGUGGUAGAAAUCUUGUUGCAGGGCUGGAAUCCAGGUGUGCGUUGGGAAUACACUCUAAAGAAAAUUAAUGAGAAGAUUAAACCCAAUUACUCGUGGGCCAUUAUACGCUCCCCCUGUUCAGCAACUUGUGCCGGAGGACACAUGAGCACCAAGUCAGCAUGCUACAAAGACAUGCGGGUGCAAGUGAACACAUCAUACUGCAAUCCCAGAUCCAAACUAGCUACUGGAGCGGUUCCUUGCAACACUCAACCAUGUCCUGCCAGCUGGUCUGUCGGAGAGUGGGGGGAGUGCAGCCGGAGCUGCGGAGGAGGGGAGCAGGCACGGCUGGUCCGGUGUGUCCAGAAAACCAGCCAGAUCAACACAGACGUCCUUGCUGACUCUGGCUGCGCCCAGUUAGCCCCUGUUAGACGGCAGGCCUGCAACACACACAGCUGUCCACCAGUUUGGACCACCGGGCCGUGGUCGCAGUGUUCCCGUAAGUGUGGCAACGGUCUGAAGAAGAGAACUGUUCUGUGUACGAGUAGCGGCCCAGGUGUGCAGACUAGCACACUGCCAGACGGCGAGUGUUCAGGUGUGCAGAAACCUGCCGGUCAAGAAUCCUGCUUCCUCAAACGCUGCCAGAAACAACGGAAGGUCCAGUGGUUCGUCUCCCGAUGGCAACAGUGUUCAGCAACAUGUGGUCGUGGCUAUCAGGCCCGCCUCGUCAAGUGUGCAGAGAAGGACACGGCAGGAAAAUACAGGGAGCUCGCUGCCAAGAAGUGCUACCAAAUUCCCAAGCCCACAGCGGAGCUCCAGAGGCCCUGCAUCCUGGCUGAGUGUCCCACCCACACAACUCCCCCAGUCCAUCAAUGGAGGACGCCCCACUUCUCCUAUCACUCUGCACCGCUCCCUCAUACUUCACUUUCAUCAAAGUGGAACUCAUCUCCCUGGUCUCAGUGCUCAGUAACAUGUGGAGGAGGAGUUCAGACCAGAACAGUCCAAUGUCAAGUUCAGGGUAAACCUUCUUCUGGCUGCAGCUUGUAUCUUAAACCUGCAACGUCUCAGGCCUGUAACACCAACUUCUGCCCGCAACCAGAAAAGAAAGACCUCACUUGCAGGGACUACUUCAAUUGGUGCUACCUGGUGCCCCAGCACGGAGUCUGUAACCACAAGUUCUACGGCAAGCAGUGCUGCCACUCGUGUUCAAAUUCCAACCUGUAAUCAUUUGGAGUGACUGUCUGUGGCGCAGGCACAUAUGUAGCUAAGAUGGUCAAACGACUAUAUUUGAUAAGAUGUGAUUUUUGUCUUGAGCAAGUGAGCACUGAAAAAAGUACAUUUCUACAGCUGUUCAAGAGUGUUGCGGUUUCUUUUCUCUGCAUUGCCGAACAUCUGGAUUGGUGACUCUGAUCAAACUGAAGGAAUGUGAUCAGAAAAGUGCAAGUAAAAAGGAGAAUUAUGGGAAAAAACUAUGAAAUCGCAAACUUGAUUAAAACUAACAAGACUAGUGUGUCUAAACAGCAGCUAAUAAUGGCCAUCCAGCUGUAGACGAGGGUUUAUACACUGCCACACUCAGCUGUUAUGCUCUGAUAUGCGCUGUACUUGUUGUAAGUCCGAGAUCUGACAGUGAAAAGGGAUGUUCCAAAUGGGCAAUGUAUAAACUUGUCCAAAGUUUACCAACUAAAAUCAGUCAAACUAUAAUUCCUGAAGUGCAGUAAAAUACCAGAUUGCUUAAAAAAAGUUAAUCAACUUGACAGCUGUUUUGACAGAGGAAAGGGUUGUGUGAACAGAUGUUCUCACACAUUGGUGCUACAGUUUGUCUCUUUGAUUUCACAGUGGGAUACAGUAUUUUAAGGAGUCAGGAAAGAACUAAAAAAUUGUGUUACCGAAUUGUUUGUUUUAUUUAUUUGCUUUACAAGGCAGCAUUGCUGGACGGCUGUAUUUAUAAGCCACAUAAAAACAUCUUUUUUUAAACUAGCUGAAUAUUGUGUAUUAAAUUUCAUUACAUACUGACAAACACAUCCAUGUGAUUUAUUUAGAUAGAAAUGCAACUUUCAAGAGAAAGUCUUUAAGAGGAACCAUUUGUGUAUGUUAUUUAAAAAGUCACUGGUCAGAAUUUUGAAGUGCUAUAUUGUACGGAACCACAGAAGGGCCAUCAGAGGAUUUUUUUUCCUUUUGCGUUCUCACUCAUUAAUUUUCUAGUACCUUGAUUUUUUUUUCUGUCUGCAUUCUAACUGUAAAGUUUUGCAGUAUUAACAAAUCUGAAGAAUCCUUGCAAUGAUGGUGUCUUUUUGUUAGCUUACACAUGUGUUCAUAUGUUGCUCCUGAUAUGACACGUGUGCCUGUUGGCCAGCACAGACUGAAUAUCCUUAUAUUUAAGACCAGUUUCAUGAAUCUCAAAACACGGGUGUUGUGUCUGUUCCAUUGUUGCUGUUUUUUGGUUUGGCAACUAUCCCACAAAAUAGUGGUUCCUGAUACUCGCAUUUUUUUAUAAACAUUUAUACUUGUACAAAGUUCCCCAAUACUCUGAACCAAUACCAAUGCAGUAUUGACACUGGUAUCUGUACUGUAUUGAAUGUGUUACAGUUUACUUUUCAAUGCAAAACUUUUGUGUGGGAACACAAAAAUAAAAAUAAAUAAGUAAAAAGUCUCUGAUGUCCCCUCGUGGGUUCCGUAACAUCAUUAUACAAUGUUGUGUGUUAAAAAUGCUCAAAAAUGCAUUAAAUCUCACAAAAAACUCACAGGUGAUUUUUUUUUUCUGUUGCAUAAUGACUUCCAACAACGUACAGUCACCCAAAUAGCAUUAACAAUUGUGUGUCAUUCUGUUUGGCUUAAGUGUGGCUGAAUUUCCUCUAUGAGGGGGAAUAAACUUUUAAGCUGUAAAUGGAUACCUGCUAAAUGGAAAAAGGCUUAGGAUGGAAAGGUAAUCUCCUCCGUUGAAUUUCUUCUGAUGAUGUGUUUAACUGGGACGGAUGCUGUCAUCGUACCCUGACGAGUUUGCCUUUCAACGUGCGAUCAGUGUCACUGUCAUAGUUGUUCCACGUUUCUAAUCCUCGUAGUCCAAACUGCUGCUUUGUCUUUCCGUGGUUUUCAUUACUCAGCUUUGUAACUUUGUGAUUUACCAGCUGUAAUGUAAGUUUGCAAAUUUAAACAUGACUUAACUCAG